UUGAAGGAUUGUUGGGAUGCUGAAAUUCUGACCAGUUAUGGAUGGAUUGAGUGUGUCGGGAAUGCGGACCGCUCAUGUUACGACCUUACACAACACUCGAAGGCAACGAAUACCAAGCUGGUAGCCGAGAAGAAACUGGAUGAACCACGAAUGGUGAAUGUCGUGGAGGUUGUUCCAAAUAUGGCUUUACUAGGAAAAGAGUUCAAGAAAGACGCGAAGAGGAUCCAAAUAGCUCUUGCGCAAAUGUCUGAAGAUAGCAUUGAGGACCUCGAGAAGCAGAUCAAGACGGGGGCGUUCAAGUUGAAAGUAGAUGAUGAUGAGUUUGCGCUUACUUCGAACAUGUUGACCGUCAAGCGAGGAACGAAGACGGUUCAUGUCGAAGAAGUUGUCCCAUCAGUAAUCGAGCCAUCGUUUGGAAUAGGUCGAGUUAUGUAUGCCGUCCUGGAACACUCGUUCAGGCAAAGAGAAGGAGACGAGCAAAGAACGUUCCUCGCUUUGCGACCAUUGGUAGCGCCAAUCAAGUGCUCAGUAUUGCCGAUAUCUGCAAACGAGAGGCUCAACCCGAUCAUUGAAGCAGUUCGCGAGGAACUCAAUCAAUAUGAGAUCAGCUACCGCGUGGAUGACAGCGCAGGCUCAAUCGGGCGACGAUAUGCACGAACGGAUGAGAUUGGAAUUCCUUUCGGCAUUACGGUAGACUUUGAAUCAGAGAAAGAACCAUGGACGGUGACAGUACGACAUGCUGAGAGUAUGGAACAAAUCAGAGUAGAGCUGACAGAAAUCGGAAAUCUUUUGUUGGCACUAUCCACUGAGCGAAUGACUUGGCACACAGCGCAACAAAAGUAUCCUAAAUUUGAAGCCAAGAGUGACUAG